AUGGCUGGGCUCGGAAGCUCCGUUCCAUCAACGAGUUACAUGUGCUUUCUCUUUGGUAAGUACACGAAUUGCAGCUGCUUUUCUGAUUAUUACUGUCUUUGGGUUUGGCAGAAUGAAUCUCCUGCUGUGAAAUUUGCCGCCGUACCGCAUGCUCAAGUGCCGCGUGCGCCACUACACGGGGGAAAGCUGGAGGAACUCCAGCGUCCGGAAGACGCCUUUCUCCUGCAGAGACAUCCCGUGAAGAUGUUUUACGUUGAUUUUGACAUGAUUUUAUUAUUAUUAUUAUUUGUUUUUCUACUUCUUCUCCUUGUGGAGGUAUUUAUGAACGUCAGUGGGGCUCUCUGCGCCGCCUUUUUUUACCGUGGCGAUGUUGCUCGUUCCCAGCAUGCCGAUACCAAAGGUACUGCUGCCGGUGUUUUCCCUGCCACGGGUGCUUGGUUCAGGGGCUGCCGACAGGUGGAUCUGUGGAUCCGCUUCAUUGAAGGCUUGUGCGUGGGGGGGGGGUGGCUAAACGAACGUGCAACGCGUUGUGUGUUUUACUGCACGACGGCCUUGACAGCGGUCUCAUAA